UUUAUUUUUUCACUCGGCAAUGUCGCAGGAUCACGAGCUCGGUGAUGUACCCAUGUGCUCAGUAAUAUCACACGGUACGAUUACGGCCGUGUCCCUUCGUUCUCUUCGUCUACCUUCACCAUGGCCCCCAUCAUCCGACCAGCUACCAAGGCUGACCAGUCUGCUCUCUCCAACAUUUGCCUGCUCACCGCAAACGCGGGCACAUCAUCCGAGCACUUACAUUCCCUUCCUGCACUCCCAGGCCUUAUCUACGCCCUCCCCUACCUCAACCUUGAAUCAACAUGGGGCUUCGUGCUUGACGACGACGGACAAGUCGUAGGGUACACCCUCGGCGCGUUCGACACCCGCAAAUUCGAGGAGAGUGCAGAAGCCGACUGGUGGCCCCCGCUCAAAGCCCAUUACGGCCCCCUACUGCAUGACUCUGAUGCAGCGCUCACGGCUGCUGAUAGGACUUAUAUCAACACCAUCAUGAACUUCCCAAGAGCGAGCGAUGCGAUGAUGGCGUUCGCGCCUGCGCAUUUGCACAUUGACAUUCUGCCAAGCCAUCAGCGGCAGGGAUGGGGGCGGAAGUUGAUCGCACGGGCGAUAGAGAAUUUGAAAGAAAAUGCUGUAAAGAGCGUUUGGUUGGGCAUGGAUACGAGGAAUACAGAGGCGGCGGCAUUUUAUGGCCGAUUGGGUUUCAAGAGGUUUGAGGGUGCGGAGGAUGGCAUCAUGGGUAUCACGGUACAGGAAUGGGAGAACCACGCUAUUUAACGCUCAACUGUGAAUACAGAACGGUUCUUGAUUAUACUGAUACUGAGCACCCUUAGUGAGCAUUUCAAUUACGGAGUCAGACAUUCGAGAUGCGUGAUUGAUCUAAGAAACAACCUUAGCACUAGUCCAAAUUUGUGACCUAAUCGCAAGUCAUGGACUUG